AUGGCAGCCCAGGAAGAUUUGGUCAUUGCCUCCGCGCGGAAUAAUUCACAAUCAAUCGGGAUGGUACCUGCCCCUACAAUCGCCUCGCCGGUGGCCUCCUUUCCGCCUCUACAACUCGAUAUGGCCGUCGACCUGACCCCCACGAUCGCAAUCGAUCCCAUUGCCUUGAUCACCACCGAAUGUAUAACAAUUACCUCGGCUAUGCGUAAGCAUGCACGCUGGGCACAAUCCUCGGUCUCAGCCAUUCUCGGGGGAGGCGCCUCUCGAACGCAAGAGAAGGAAAUACAACGGUCGGGCUCUCAGAGUCGUCGAGGAGGAGGGAAAGGUCCUGGCCCUGUCAUCUCUGACCCCGGGAAAGCCAGGCUGGUUGUGCCUAAUGCCUCGGACGAUGAAAACGCCAGUCUGGCCAGUCGAUGGGGUCUGCGUGGGAAGAAGGGAAAGAGCAUGCAGGACAAUCCACUUCUCACGGCUUUUGCCCGCUUGAGGAGAGAUCUCGCUGGUUGCAGAGACGUUUCGACUGUUGAUGCACCGGAGCUACUGCAUCCGUUUCUGCAGGUCAUCAGAAGCUCGUCGACGAGUGCGACGAUUACGAGUCUCGCCGUCAUCUCCAUUACCAAGUUUCUGUCCUACAAUAUCAUCUCCAUCAAGAGUCCGAGGAUCGCUUUGGCUAUGCAUCUACUGAGUGCGGCCAUUACACACUGUCGUUUUGAAGCUAGCGACACAUCGGCCGACGAGGUUGUGUUGCUACGGAUCUUGAGGUUGAUGGAAAGCGUGAUUUCGAGACCAGAAGGCCAACUACUAGGUGAUGAAAGCAUUUGCGAGAUGAUGAGCACGGGAUUGAGCAUGUGCUGUCAGGCCCGCCUGUCCGAAGUGCUCAGGAGGUCCGCGGAGAUGGCCAUGGUCACGAUGUGCCAGGUCGUCUUUACCAGACUGAAGUUUUUGAACAUCGAGGAAGUCCCACAGACUAGAAGUCGGUCGAACACCAAAGUUACUCUUUCUGGUACCGGCGAAGACCUGAAGAUUGAGCCUCCCAUGUCUGGCAGCGUCAUGGGCAACGGUGAACUUGAGCGUCCAAGUGUCGACGUCGAAGGUCGGUCUAGCGCCGAACCUGGUGCGGAACCAAGAGAUCCUUCCGCUGUUCCUCAGACGACAGUACCAGCAACUGCGGAGGACGAGUUUGAGAACGUGGAACCUUACUCUUUGCCUUCUAUCAAGGAGCUGUUCAGAGUGUUGAUUGGCCUGCUCAAUCCACACGAUAGAACGCAUACUGAUCCCAUGCGGAUCAUGGCACUGAGGAUUAUUGAUGUUGCUUUGGAAGUUGCAGGGCCUUCUAUAGCUCGACAACCCACCCUUGCCGUAUUUGUGCAAGAUGACCUUUGUCAACAUCUCUUCCAACUUGUUCGGUCGGACAAUUUGUUCCUUCUAGACAGCUCUCUGCGUGUUGCGGGCACAUUACUCGCAACCUGCCGUCAACUGCUGAAACUACAGCAGGAACUAUUUUUAUCAUACUUGGUGGCAUGUCUACACCCCCGUGUCGACAUUCCACAGGAGCCAGGAAUUGAUCCAUCGCUAUACGAGGGUGUCCCCUCAGCUCCGAAAUUGGUUAAGCCAUCUCCUUCUCAACCCCCUAGUAGGGCGGCCACUCCUGUACCGGUACAGGAUAGGAAGAGGUUGGGGCUUGAAGGGGGGACUAGAAGGCCAGAAGCCCGGGAGGCCAUGGUUGAGGCGGUUGGGACAUUGGUGCGGAUGCCGACAUUCAUGGUCGAGCUUUUCUUGAAUUAUGAUUGUGACGUCGACAGACAAGAUCUUUGUGAAGACAUGGUUGGACUACUCUCGAGAAACGCAUUUCCUGACUCGGCAACGUGGAGCACAACCAAUGUUCCACCGUUAUGUCUCGAUUCUUUGCUGAACUUUGUAUCAUUCAUGGCUGACAGGCUUCAUCAACCUAUACCAGAAGGCACGAAAGAAAGGGUAGAAAAGAUACAAAAGCAAAGGAUACAGAAGAAAAUCAUCAAGAUCGGUGCUACAAAAUUCAAUGACGACCCGAAGGCAGGUGUAGCCUUCUUGGUGAAGAACGGAAUUAUCAAGGACCCAGAUGAUCCAUUGCAGAUUGCACAUUUCCUAAAAGGAACUUCCCAAGUUUCCAAGAAGGUUCUCGGAGACUUCAUUACCAAGAAAUCCAAUACGCGGCUGUUGACGGCGUUUAUUGGUCUCUUCAAGUUCGAGGACAAGCGAAUUGACGAAGCGUUGCGAGAGAUUCUUGGAACUUUCCGCCUGCCAGGAGAAUCUGCAUUGAUUGAGCGAAUUAUCAACACGUUCACCGAGAAGUACUGCGAAGAGGUGGCUCCUGAAGAGAUAGCGGACAAGGAUGCUGCUUUUGUUCUUUCAUACGCGGUCAUCAUGCUGAACACCGAUCUCUAUAACCCCAAUCACAAGGGUCAGAAGCGAAUGACAGCGGAAGACUUCGGAAGGAAUCUUCGUGGAGUCAACGCUGGAAAGGAUUUCUCCCCGGAACUUCUCCAGGACAUUUACGACGCAAUCAAGGAGAAUGAGAUCAUACUUCCGGAUGAACACGACAAUCAACACGCUUUCGAGUAUGCUUGGAAGGAGCUGUUGAUGAAGACCACCGAUGCCGGAAUGCUCGAAUUGUGCGACACAAAUGCCUUUGAUGCAGAAAUGUUUAAAGCGACUUGGAAGCCCAUUGUUGCAACGCUAUGCUACGUAUUCAUGUCGGCCUCGGACGAUGCAGUUUUCUCCCGUGUGGUCGUCGGUUUCGAUCAAUGCGCUCAAAUCGCAGCCAAAUACGGCGUCACCGAGGCUUUCGAUCGGAUCAUCUACAGCAUCAGCCAGAUCAGUGGUCUAGCAGCCGAGAUUCCUCCAAGCACAUCACUCAACACUGAGGUUCAAGUUGGAAAGAAGAGGAUUAUGGUCAGCGAAAUGGCCGUGCGUCUCGGACGGGAUUUCAAAGCACAGCUGUCUACCGUUCUCCUAUUCAGAAUUCUAUCCGGCAAUGAAGAUGCAAUAAGCGGGACGUGGAUCUAUAUCGUGAGGAUUCUACGGAACCUGUUCGUUAAUUCAUUGAUCACUUUACCAACGAUUGAGGGGAGUCGGCUUUCAGCUCUCGAUUCCAUUCCACUGCAACCACCCUCACAGGUCAUCGAUAGAGACGGAAGGCUGGGCGAUAGUGGCAUCUUUUCGACCUUCACAUCCUACCUCUCCAGCUAUGCUGCUGAUGAUCCACCAGAGCCUUCUGAAGAGGAGCUUGAGAAUACGCUCAGUUCUGUUGACUGCGUUACAGCAUGUAACGUCGAUGGUGUUUUACGACACAUUGCUGCUUUACCCACGGCUCAGAUCAAGACUCUGGUAGCAGCACUUCUUUCACAGGUGGAGGACUCAACUCCAGUUGUCACUGUUAAACCAGAGCGUCCGAUCCCUGUAACCGCCCGGGUGAAUGGACAUCGCAUGCCAAAGGCUGGGCCAGAAUAUGACCCCGGUACAGUGUUUCUUCUUGAGUAUGCGACCCUACUCACACUGAGGGACGAGGGGACGAUAGCUGCAGCCGGUGAAGGUUUGACUGGGACGCUUCAAAAUUAUGUACGAGAUGCCGCCAAUCUACAUCCUCUCGCGGCCUCCAGAAUUGUUCAUUAUUUGCUGGAGUUGUUACGGCACAGCUAUACCAACGAUUUCAUGCGGGCACCGGUGGUCAUGCAUGCUAUCUCCAGUUUCGACGACAAUGUAUUAGACCGGACAGCAGCCACUGUUAUGCAAGGUCUCGCGCGCAUCAUAUCGCAACCCGAUCCUCUACGCAACGAAGUCACCAAAUCACCAGACUUCUGGUCCACCCUUCAAAGACUUCAUCAGCACAAGACCGAAGCUGAGCAUGUCUUCGAAAUCUUGACCACACUAGCCACUGCUCGACCAUCAGCCCUGACGGCUGACAACUACGAAGCCACAAUCGCGCUCGCCAACGACUUCGCUUCCGCCGGCUCCAUCGGAUCGAUCCAGGAGAAGCGAAAGGACUUCGCCGCCAAGCGCGGUCAUCAAGCCAAACCUGCCCGACCCGAAGACCUCGUCGUCGUCCAACGGGCCAUCAAAGCCAUCAGCUUGAUCUACCAACUCACAGACCUAACCCCAACGCUCAUCUCACAAUCCCAUCUCGAGCGUCAAGAAGCAUGGGCAGCAGACUGGAGCCCGGUCUUCCGGGCCCUCUGCGCGCAAUGCGUCAAUCCCUGCCGCGAAGUCCGUCAUCGCGCACUAUCCGCCCUCCAACGCGUCCUCCUCGCCGACACCGUCGCAGACCACGAAUCUCACACCGAGUGGACCGCCAUCUUCGACGAAGUGCUCUUUCCACUAACACUCCGUCUCCUCAAGCCCGAGAUCUACCAGCUCGACCCGCUCGGCAUGAACGACACACGCGCACAGGCCGCGAGCAUCCUGUGUAAGAUCUUCCUGCGCUAUCUCGACAGACUUGCGGGCUGUGGCCGCCUGCCAGACGUGUGGGUCAAGGUCCUUGAGCUGUUGGAUCGUCUCAUGAAUGCCGGAACCGAGACGGAUGCGCUGGCCGAGGCCGUCAGAGAGGGUGUCAAAAAUGUGCUACUUGUUAUGGAUGAUACGGGCUAUUUGGGCCGUGAUGGCACUCCCGCUGCUGGUAUUGAGCUGCCGCGCGGUGAGGUGUCUGUGCCUACGAGAGGUGGCGAUGGCGCCGAUGACGAGCCAGAAGACGGGGAUGGGGAUGAUGGAGAAGACGAAUCUGGAGAGGAACGUCAAGAAAAGCAGAAGAAGAAAGACGGCCAACCGGCCAAGAUCGAGGUCUGGGCCGAGACAAACAGGCGCCUGGAUAGAUUCCUGCCUGGGCUCAUCGAGGAGUUGUUCCCUGCCCCGAAACCUGACCUCGCUCCUGCGGUUGACGCUAACCCCCAACCUCCAGUAUCUGAAAGGACACAGGCGGUGGCAGAAGAAGGAGAUUCUGCUGCCACAGCACAGCCGAGUGCAAUUCCUCUGCGUGGGAGUUCAGGCCGUUAG